AUAGAUGGCCAGCAUGGUCAAAUAAUAAUCACAGUGGUUAUAGAGCGUGUAACAGACACCUAGGGCUGCUAACCUAGUAUCACAGUCUACUAUCACAGUCUACUAUCACAGAGAAACGUGUUAACCGGGUAUUUAGAGUAAACAAUGUUUUUACUGCAUUUUAGUAUUUCUCCUCCUUUCUCCUGUAUUUGUGUGUCCCAUAAAGAAAUAACUUCAAUGGCCCCAUAUUCUGGAUUCUCCAGGUUAUGCAAGGAUGCAUUUCCCACUCUGGCCUUUUCUAAAAAUCUCCAAACCUGUAUGAGUCAUGGUUCAUUGACAGGCAAAAGAAAGCCAUGCACGGCAUUCCCGAGGGGACAUUCCUUCACCUGUCCCAUGCCGUGGGACUUUUCAUUGUGCAGGCUAAGGACGGGUGCGCUUUGAAUAACUUUGCCAAGGUGGCAAUUGUGCGGCUCAUUCACUAUGGAUCCUUCGAAUGGAACUUUAAGUAACGACCAGAUCACUGGUCUCUCGACUGUGUACCUAGUAUCUCUGUCUUUAAGCUUGAUUGGGAGUUUUUCAGUGCUGGUGGUUUCCAUCGCAAGGAGGAGGCACUUACAAGAACAGGUGAAUCCCCUGGUCCAGCUGGCUGUAGCUGAUCUGUUGGCAGCAGCCACCUUGAUGUUCACCAACGCAAUGAAUGAGACCGACAGCUUCACCGACAGUGUGUUAAUCUGUAAACACCUACUGCCUCUGUCACUGACAUUUUACUGUGUGUCGUUUCUGCUGGUGAUAGUGUAUGCCUGGGAGUCAAAGCAAGCUGUCGAGAGAUGGAGGGAGAGACCAAGAGAGGAAGAGUCCCAGUGUAGACGAAGGGUGGUGGUUUUGCCUGUAAAUACACUUGUGUGGUUUACGCCGUUGGUGAUGUACUUUGCGUACACAAUGUCUUUAGUCCUGACCACAGUGGACUUGGUACCAGCCGGACACGGGACAGCAAACAACAGUGAAGUUAGCACAUACUGCACCAGCUGUAUCCUCUUCUUGCAUGUCUGGAGUGACCACUGCUCAGAUAUUGAACAGAUCCAUGACAUGUUCAUGCGAGGCUUCCUCUUCUUCAGUGUGAUACUAGUGUUGGUGUGCUGCACAGUGGUUUACUACAAGGUGGACAGCUUGUAUCGCAGGUACGAUGAGGGACUAUUUCCUGUGGAGGGAGAUGCACGUUCAAGGAAAAGACUGAGGGGUGUGUUCUCCACUGUUCGCUACAUGAUUGUGGUUAUCAUCUUCUGCUGGACGCCAGCUCUUCUUCUGGUUGUCCUGUCUGUGAUGCCAGACAUACCUAAAGAGAAGCUCUUCCCCCUCUAUGUUAUACAGGCGGUGACGGUGUCGCUGCAGGGCUGUCUGAACAGUGUAGUCUACGCCUGGAGACGACCAAACUUCAGAGACGCUGUGCUUGGAGAGAGGAUGCCCCUGCUCAGCCAAGACGCCCCCCUGUCCUUCUUCGAUGAAUCACUGAGGGGGCCGCCAGAGUGACGGAAGAGGAAGCGAGACAUUCCACUAGUUAGUUUUUUCUGGUUCAUAUACAGUCAAUAAACUAAACAGACCAAACCCAGCUACUAAUGCAAUGGUGCUAUGGGAGAGCCACCCCCUUAAGCAGAAAGGAACUGACCAUUUUUGGUCAAUGGUAAACGGCCUGAGUGGGACAUCUCAUCUAUCCACCAUUUUUGGGGGCGCCCUUGAAGCCUGACCUCUAGCACUUAACCCCGACUCGAGAGAUGCUGCUGGUGGAAUUCUCCCUCUGGCCCAGAUCUAGAAAGAGUUUUCCCUGCUCAAGUACUAACCUUCACCACUAAGGAAAGAGAUUCAACACUGGCCUUAGAUCCGUUUCUAGGGAUAACUUCAUUCCUCUGGAGCCAAGACAAUGGAGUUUACGAUGUACUUAUUUUACUGUUAUUUAUUCUGAAAAGAAUCUUCAAUGCUUUCAUAUUCCUUUUUUAGUACGGUGUCCUUUCUGUAAGAAGGGUUGAUAAGGUGAUUAUUAUGAUGAGUUGUAGAGCCAGGUGGGCCGGAGAAUAAUAGAAGUCAACAGGAUAUGACAAUGAUUCUCAUUUGAUUAAUUAAUUGAUUAAUAUGGUUUACAAAGCACUUCCUUAAGGGUUGGGGGAUCCCUUUCCCAAAUUCCAAUAGAUAGCUAGAGUUACUACGGUAGGAAUUGUCUACAACAUAGCAAACAAUGUAACUAGCAAGCAUAGCAAGUUAUCAUUUGUACACAUUCACAGGCUUUUGUAUCAGGUUGUAAGUGACUCUGGAUAAGAACGUCUAAUAAAUGACAAACAUGUCAAUGUAAAUAUAGUAUCACCCUGAACAAACUGAAGAAAGACCAGGGGUAUGUUUUUUUAUUCUAUCAUUUGACAUCAAUGAUCCCUUGAUUUUGGGGGGGAAUUUAGCACAUUUCAGGUCUGCUGAGCGCAAACUUGAAUGUUGUGAAAAUUCUGUCCAUCUUCCAGCAUGCAUUUACUGUGAACACUGAGGCUGUACUCGCUUUAAGUUACAGUUUUAACAGUGGCCAAGUAGGCUACUGUUGCUAUUUGAUCAUAAUGUAGGCCUACCAGAGUGGCCUACCAUGAAAAACAAUGGAGAAAAUGCAUCCCAUAAUGCAUGGAAAUAGCUGUUCUAUCAUUCAGCCUACAGUAGCAGCCAAUGUGUGGUUCUCAGCGUAGGCCUACAUUCCGUGAGACUUUUGAAAAAAACCAUGCAGGGCUUGACAUUAACCUGUUUAUCCACUUGUCCUUCAGACAAGGUGACUGAAAAUGUUGUUGUGUUGUUUAAUUCAAGAAACCAACUCAAAUGCAUUAUUAUUCUUAUACCAUUAUUACAGAGAAUCAGACAAAUUGUGCUACCCUCUAUUGGCUACUACGCUUAUUCAUGCCUGUCUCAAAUUACAACACUGCCCCUUUAAGACAAAAAAGCUCUUUAUUUGACGAGCUUUUCAGAGAUUUCUAGAAAUGUUGACAUGUUGUGCUCUUGUAGGAAGGAAUCACUCUCCUAUUGCUGACUGCACAUUAUCUAUAACUGGGCUAAUAACUCAAUUUGUCACAAUUGCCACAGUAAAGGGAAACGUUGAUAGUGUUAACUAACAGGGAAAACUCUAGAAAGUUGAGUGAAGUUCAAUCUCCUGCUUCUAUCUGUGGGCUGAUGUUUCUUCUGUGCUCUGCAAGGCAGAGAGGAAUACUGUUUGACAUGUGUAUAAAAGUUUUAAAAAAUACGAAUGUGAGUCAUUUUGCAUUUAUUUGUUGACCAGUACUUUAUUAUAUUUUGGCAAGUAUACCUUCUUUUGUGGUCAGUAAAAUCCCAGGAGAACUUUUCCUAACAUGUUGUUAUGAUGUUUUAUUUGUACAAUAAAUGCAUUCUUACCCA